UUUUGGUUUUUUCCACUCGCUGUCAAAGGAAAAUAUCUGGCCGCAGCAAAAUCGCACCGUGUCUGCGUACGGAAAAAUCGAAAGCAAAAAUGAGCCUAUUCCUGCGUUCCGUGGCGAGAGCUGGUGCUACGCAAUGGAUGCGUGCAUCACUCUCGACGUCAUCGAUCGCGUUCAAGGAUCCGAAGGCACAAAAGGAAGCCCCGAUACUGGACGCAAGCGUUGUUCUCGCCGAUGCAGAGGAGCGUGCCCGUGACCACCUUCCCACGAUCACGGUGCCGACCAAGGUCGAUAUUAGCCCCAUUACUGGCGUGCCGGAGGAGCACGUGAAGGAGCGCCGGGUGCGCAUCUUCAUGCCGGCCAAGAACGCGAUGCAAAGCGGAACGGACAACAUCCACCACUGGAGCAUCGAGUUCGAUAACCGCGAGCGCUGGGAGAACCCACUGAUGGGAUGGUCCUCAACCGGUGAUCCAUUGUCGAACAUGCGCGUCGACUUCACCAGCGCCGACGAGGCGAUCGCCCACUGCGAAAAGAACGGCUGGAGAUGGUUCGUGGACAAGCAGGAGGUGCAGAAGAAGCCGCGCGUCAAGAACUACGGCAUCAACUUUAGCUGGAACAAGCGCACCCGCGUGUCGACCAAGUGAGAAGGUGUUUUAAAGAAGAAGAAGAAGAAGAAGCGUGGACAUCAAACAAACCGGUGCCGUUGUUAGCUAUCGUUGUAAAUAAGAGACACCUCCUUAAAAUUCGUGUCAAUGAACUAACGUGUUUUCUCCAUCCUAGUA